ACUUUCAUACUUCUAAAGCAUUACCAAAAUGGCAAUUUGUUUUAGGUUCAGUAACUGUUGGUAUAUUUAAGGGGGAAAAAAAUAAAAUCUCACACAUACAGUUGAGACUAUUUCUUUCAGGGGAGUUUCAGAAUUCUAAGGGCAUUAGAUACCUACAAGCUUUUAAUUCUUUUCCCUAUCUACUCAGACUGGAGGUAUGUAAAUGUCUGCCUUGCAUACCUUUGUAUUUGUUCAGUAACAGAAUGCUGAAAUAUUUCCCCUCUUCUUAAGCUUAUCUGCCAAUAGGUUUAGGUAUCAAUUUAAUAAAAAUUAGUAUUGUAUAUAAUUUUAACCUUUUUUGCUAGGCUCUUGGAUGCUUAAUGUUUUUCAGCUGUGUCAUGUAUUUCAAAUAAAUCUGCUUAGUUAGUGUUUGGAGUAAAGGAAAUACUUCUUUUGAAUAGUGAGAUCCUUACUAAAUCUGCAAGUUGUUCAAGAUUUUGGCUCAUUUGGCAGUGUAUCAGAAGACAAAUUUGGUGGUGCUCUAAAAGAUGAGUUACCUGAAGGCAGAUGGGAACUCCUAGAGUUCUGGAGAGCAGUUUUAUUGACAUCACCAACACAGCAAUACUCAUACUUGGAGUAAUUCGUAACAAAAUUCUGAAUGGUUUCAUUAGUGGUGAAGGUUGGGCAAACACUCCACAAACACUCCUGGUUCCAGUUAAGCCACAGGUGCUCUGAGGACUUGCAGGCAAUGAAUGGCAACUGAAGUGGGGCUUUGUGUCCUGUCUGUGUGCAAGACACUCCUGUAGAGCCAGUAAUGUCCUAGAUUAGAGGCACAAUAGGCAGGUCUGCGGCCCAGGGUCCUCUGACAGAUGUGCUCUAUCAGCUGAAGUAAUUCCAGCUCAAAGGAGCUUGUCCUUUCCCACUGGUCAAAACUCUGCUUAUGAAAAGGGAUUUGUUUGUUUCCUAAUGCAUUUUCAGCUCAAGUGGAUGGUUAUAAUUUUACCUAAAUGGAAGGAUUUUGUGAGUUCCCUGGACAAUUCAUUGCCUCACAUUGUUUUGGUAGAGGGCACUUCUAACAUGGAACUACUUGACCUUUUCUUGCAAGGCUGAGCAUCUGUGUGACCUGUUCAUAGCCCACAGGCAAACAAUUACCAUUUUAUGGAUUACAGUCUUUAUAGAAAAGGAAUUCUUCUGUUUUAUUAUCUGCUGUUCUGUGAGAACUAUUACUCAAAUGGCACUGCUUAAGAAAAAAGAAAAAGAAAAAGCCAAAUUUGAAUGGUUUGAAGCAUAUGCAAGCUAAUGGUGAAAAAGCAGCUUUGCACACUUCCCCAUGCCCAGCAUUGUCUUGCAGAUGAAUUUGGGGGAGAAACUCAUGUGCUGGCUGUUUCUAAGGAGUGCAAAUGUGUGCUAGUAUUUUACUUCUUCAGGAUAUUGUGGAAGAUGAAGAGAAAGAUGUUUGCUUAUUUGGGGGCUGAGUUUCUAUUGCUGUGAUAAGAACUAUGAAGAAAACUUAGACAUCUGUGUUGAGUGCUUUUUAAGCAAGUGAUAAACACCCCACAUUUUUCUUUUGUAGCCAUAUGUGCCAGAAGUUUUCCUGAAUGGUGGAAAAAAAUGUCAGAUAUGGCAAUGUACACAAGACCACACAGUAGUGUAAUAGUCCUGAAACAGCUGGUAUUUUUUCUUAAUAUAUUGUUAUUGUAAACACUUAAAAUUAUCCUAUAAACAUGUCACAUUAGUCUGCAUAAACAAAUAGACAGCAAUCCAUUAACUUCAGGUAAGAGCAGCAAUGCAGACAAACCACAAAGAAAAUAAAUUACAAUUAGUGCUUCAGUCUGUCUCCCAUCUGAGUAGAUAAAUUGACUGACAGUUUUUGAUGUAAUUGUGCUGUAUCUUUGUUCUGUUUCCAGUUAUACUAUUGUCCUCUUUUAGGAAUCCCUCAAACAUGUUUUAUCUUUCCUUUUUAAAAAUAUUGAAGUGCAUGUGAGCAGAGGGAGUAAAUUAUUUAAAGUUAUUCUGUGUCUCUGCACUUGUCUGAGUCAGCAGAAUACAUCUAGGUCAUACGUUCCCAAGGAGCUCCAGGGCAGAGUCUCUUCUUUCAGUGGGGACUAAGCAGGCUCAUCAAGGCACAGUUCUCUUGCCUUUUCUCCUAUUUAUGCCUUCACAAAGCUUGAAAAAUGAUGCAAAUUACUAUAUUUUUAAAAUUAAAUUCAGAUAAGCUUCCUUUGAGCUGACCCCGUCUUCCCUUAUCAUUGGACGACGAUCCACUGACAGAGGGAGUGCAUUCCCUCUUAGCUACAGCUGGAUGGCUGCAGCUCCUCCAAGCUACUGUUUUGUAGCCUUCCCCCCCUGUUCUAAGGAUGGGCUGGUGGUCUUUGGGAAGAACUCUGCACGGCCCAGGGAUGAAGUGCAGGAGGUGGUCUACUUUGCUGCUGCAGAGCACGAGCCAGGAAGCAAAGUGGAGUGCACGUACAUCGAGAUUGAGCAGGUGCCCAGGACUCACGCUGUGGUGCUGAGCAGGCCCUCCUGGCUCUGGGGGGCAGAAAUGGGAGCUAAUGAGCACGGAGUGUGUGUAGCUAACGAAGCUGUCGUGACCAGAGAACCAGCUUCUGAGUCUGAAGCCCUGCUAGGCAUGGAUCUUGUCAGACUUGGCCUAGAAAGGGGGGCAACAGCUAAAGAAGCAUUGGAUGUAAUAGUUGCUCUGUUGGAAGAGCAUGGACAAGGUGGAAAUUAUUAUGAAGAUGGGAGUUCAUGCCACACUUUCCAAAGUGCAUUUUUGAUUGUGGACAGGAAUGAAGCCUGGAUACUGGAGACUUCUGGAAAGUAUUGGGCAGCUGAAAAAAUCACAGAGGGAGUGAAAUGCAUUUGCAAUCAGCUUUCAUUAACUACAAAAAUUGAUGCUGAGCAUCCUGAACUAAGGAAUUAUGUGAAAAGUCAAGGCUGGUGGAAUGGAGACUCUGACUUCAAUUUUUCUGAAGUGUUUUCUCUUGCUGAUGACCAUUUAGCCUGUUGUUCUGGCAGGGAGAGCCUAGAAAAACAAGGUGGUGACGUUUCUGCACAAGCUAUGAUUGAUGUCCUGCGUGACAAGGACAGUGGUGUCUGUGUGGACUCUGAAUCUUUCCUUACUACAGCUAGCAUAGUGUCUGUUCUGCCUCAGGACCCUAGUUUUCCCUGUAUUCAUUACUUCACUGGCACGCCAGACCCUUCAAGGUCCAUAUUUAAACCCUUUAUUUUUGUUGAUGAUGUAAAAUUAGUACCGAAAGUGCAGUCUCCUUCUUUUGGCAAUGAUGAUCCUGCUAAAAAGAUACCUCGAUUCCAGGAGAAACCAGAUCGUAGGCAUGAAUUGUACAAGGCACAUGAAUGGGCCCGAUCUCUCCUGGAGAACGAUCAGGAUAAAGGCCAGAAACUGAUGAGGAUUAUGUUAGACCUUGAAAAACAAGGUUUAGAAGCAAUGGAAGAUAUCCUUUCUCGUACAGAGAUUCUGGAUCCAGCUGAAGUAGUGGAUCUUUUCUAUGACUGUGUUGACACAGAACUAAAGUUCUUCAAAUAAACUACAGUGGCUAUUGUUAGCCUUUUCAUUGGAAGACUGCAAUGUUCUUCAAGCCUUGAAAGAAAGUCUUCACACUUGUGAUUUUGCAGGAAAAAACAUUUCUAGAGGAAAAAAUGUUACUUGCUAGCUGUAUCCGGUUAACAAAUUGCUUUCCUUUGUCCAAUCUUGUGGUGUUCCUGUUUGUGUAUGUAUAUAGUGAAAGGAGAAAGUCACUGACUGGUCCAAUUACUGUGUGCAUGCUGGCUAAUUUAGUACAGAAUGUUAAAACAUGUAUGUUGGGCAACCAAUUAAAGUAAAGAUUUAACUUCAUCAGGCUAAUUGCCAUAUUGUCAUUGAAAGCAAUCUGGUUUUCCCUCUGUUGCUCAGGACUAGGCUUGCAGCAAAGCUGACUUGCAUUUUUCUCUUCUUGCUAAUUCAUACAAAGUUGAAAUGGUAGAGUUGAAAUCACAGUUUGAGAUGGGCAGGAAGGCAUGUCCUGGCUCUUGACCUUGUUGUGUUGGACUCAUAUGGCCAUAUCUGGUUGCAGUAGCUCAGCACCUGACAUUAUGCCUGUACAAAUUAUCAGAAUUCAGUCAUCAGGUUAAGUUCUGCCCUUGCUCUCAGCCAGCUUGUGUUUGUAGUGCACCUGGCUGCUGCUCCAGAAGUGCAGAGCCACCCCGGAUGCCGUAGAGAUCUACACAUAUUGGCUCUUAAGAUGCAAUUAAUAAAGUGUCAGAUUUAUAUACAAGCUACAGAUUUGGAAUCUUUUAAAGGAAUAGAUGCUGGACACUGAUAAGUACCUGGCUAUUCUCCAUCUUUCUGCCUUUGUACUGCUGAACAGUUCCUAGUAAUCUCUGUUGUGAGACACAUGGCUGAUGAAUCCCUUAAGUACCAGUGAGUUGCUGGUGGGUGUGGCAAUCCAGCUGUUUAGGCUUAGAAAUGGCUGUCCUAUGCUUCCUUACAUUAGGUGCACUGCUGCAGCAUGCUUCCCUUCCUCCACAGUCCUACAGGCAGACCUGCUUCUCAUUGUAUUUUCUUCUUGUGGAAGUGAGGUAGGGAAAACACUGAGAAUUAAACCAGUAAACACUGUGUCCAGUGAAUAUGGUUGGUGGGUUUUUUACAUACAUGAGGGUUGAAAGAGGACAUCCAUGUCUUUAGUAAGUGAAGUUAACAUAUGGAGUUAAAAUCCUUCACUGUUUGAGAAAGUGGAUGGUUAAGAACCACAGGCUUCUGUAGUGAGGAAAUAAAAGCUUCUUAGAAAGCAGAAACACCUCAAGUUGAAACUGUAAGAGUUGUGCAUCAGGGAAAUAGUCAUUGCCAUAUUGGCAUACUGCAUUCUCAGGAUUUUUAAAAUGAAUUUGUUACAUUCAGACUCAUUACUUUGGUAUUGCCUUAAUGGCAAAUUGGCAAGAAAACAUGGGGCCUUUUCACUUACAGAAAACAAGGAAGAAUAUAUUUUCUCUUACGGCCUACCUAAUAAUCUCCCAUUCACAAUGAAAUCCUCCCAUGCUGUCUAUCCUAGGAGCAACUCCUGUGUCUAAGUAUUUUAAAGUGUAGACAAUAGGAGAAGGAAAUAUUCAAGUAGAUCCCUGAAAUUUAGCUGCUCUGUAUGGUAACCAGAGGGGCUGACUGCAAGAAGCACACUUGAUUUCAGAGAACGUUGCAGGGGAUGAAGCCCACUGAAAGAGAAAUGUGCUUUUUCCAGCUGCCUGUAACUGAAGUAAAUGGAUUUCCCAUGAAAUCACAUCUCUUGAUAGGAGUAGCUGGGUAUUUCUGCACAAUCAGGGAACAAGAAUAAAAUGAUUGCUCCAGUGAGAGGACAAAAAUUGGGAUGUACCACUUCUCACAGUUAUUUUGCACAACUUGGAUCUCUAAUCUUGGAGAGCUGGGAGGGAGGCAAGAUGAAAGGAGUGUUCCUGUUAAAAACAUGUAUCUUACUUGCCUGUUUCUUAAGAAAGAAGAAAGCAACACUUGCAAUUAUCUCAUGGGCGUUUAUGUCCUUAUGUGGAACUGCUUAUAUGACAGAAUGAAUAAAUUGUUUUGAGCACAGUGAUCCAGGUAGUAAUUUUGUAAUAGUAUGUUGAUUUUGCUUUGGUUGUAUAGUGCAGUUAAAAACCAAAACCAGCUGUGGUACAGCAACAUGCUUGGGUACAAUCAGUAGAAACCAGAGCAACUGCAUGGUCUUAGUAUUUCCAGUGGUCUUGAAAAGAGGUGUGUCUCAGUGGAAGGACACAUUGGGACUUGUGGGAUCAGCUGCCUCAGGGUGACAGCCAGUGUGAUCCUCUGUAUCUCCAGAUGCUUCAAUGGAUCUUGAAUGACAAAUAAAUGGAAAUAUUUCAGAAAUGCUAGCAAAUAGGCACAGGAUUUCUCAUUUCAUCCCUGAAAGAUGUUGUUUAUUUCUAAAAUACCCAAACCAUAAUAAAAAAUGGAG